AUGUCGGCUGAAUAUCGGCAUGUCGGCCAGUGUUUGCCGAUAUCGCCCGAUAUGGGCAUAUUGACAGAAACAUUCAUCAUAUAUUGUGGAAAGAUCGAAGUUGCAGAGAGCGGACAACUGCAAAUUGAAGCUCUGAAAAUGAGGAAUAAAGGCGAUCAAAGGGGAGGCCAACUGGACGUCACCAGGAUGGACAUGAAGCUCGCACUUAUGCUGGUCCUUUUUGACCAAGUGUCCGGUAUGGCGUAUAUCGGCUGUUAUGUUGACGUUGAAAGCCGUCUUCUGCUGCCAAUGUUGUCAAACGACAAUUCCAACACCCCGGCACGCUGCAUAAAACGCUGCAAGGACAAGGGAUACCGAUACGCCGGAGUCGAGUGGUCGAUCGAGUGCUUCUGUGGCAACACAUAUCGGUUUACACCAAAGAAAGUGGCUGAAAGUCAGUGUUCCUUCAACUGCCCAGGUGACCGCAGAUACAAGUGUGGGGAUGACUGGAGGAUGAAUCUGUACAGCACCAGGGAGUGUGACGCCAAUCCUUGCCAAAACGGGGCUACCUGCUCGGAAACUUCCAAUAGUUACUCGUGCAAGUGUCCUUCCGGUUGGACCGGAACCAACUGUCAGACCGAUGUAAAUGAAUGCACGUCAAAUAACCCGUGCAAGAACGGCGCUGGGUGCACCAAUACAAACGGCGGGUACAGGUGUUCGUGCACAACUGGAUGGCAGGGUACCACGUGCACUACCGAUAUAAACGAAUGUAGAACCAACAACCCGUGCGACCACGGGGCCUGCACCAACACAAACGGCGGAUACACGUGUGCAUGUCAGACCGGCUGGCAGGGAACAAAUUGUGACACAGAUAUUAACGAGUGUUCCCCUACCAGCCCGUGCAUCCAUGGGACCUGCUCAAACACACUCGGCGGUUACACGUGCACAUGUGAGACCGGUUGGGAGAAUAAGAAUUGUGGCACAGAUAUUAACGAAUGUACAACUGACAACCCAUGCGACCAUGGGGCCUGCACCAACACAAACGGCGGAUACACGUGUGCAUGUCAGACCGGCUGGCAGGGAACAGAUUGUGACACAGAUAUUAACGAAUGUACAACUGACGACCCGUGCGACCACGGGACCUGCUCCAACACAAACGGCGGAUACACGUGCGCAUGUCAGACCGGGUGGCAGGGAACAGAUUGUGACACAGAUAUUAACGAAUGUACAACUGCCGACCCUUGCGAACGCGGGACCUGCUCCAACACAAAUGGCGGAUACAAGUGUACAUGUCCGGCCGGCUGGGAGGGCACGAAUUGUGACACAGACGUGAACGAAUGUGCUACCAACGAUCCUUGUGCUAAUGGAGCAGCCUGCACCAACUCCGUUGGUGGUUACUCGUGCGCAUGUACCACCGGAUGGGAGGGCACGGACUGUGACGUCGAUAUCAACGAGUGCGACGUCAACAACCAAUGUACAAACGGUUCCGCCUGUGUGAACCUGGAUGGAGAUUAUAGUUGUACCUGCAGCGGCUUCUGGGAGGGCAAACAUUGUGACGAAGAUGUGAAUGAAUGCAACACCGGACAAUGUAAAAAUGGCGCGGCCUGUACCAACUCCGUUGGCCACUACACAUGCGCAUGUACAACCGGAUGGGAGGGUACAGACUGUGACGUCGACAUUAACGAGUGCACAACAGACAAUCCUUGUGAAAACAGCGCCGCCUGCUCCAACUCAGCUGGGGACUAUAGCUGUGCCUGUAGCGCCUUCUGGCAGGGAAAGAACUGUGACACGGAUGUAAACGAGUGUACAUCUGACAAUCCCUGUGACAAUGGCGCUGCCUGCAGUAACUCAGUCGGAGACUACGAGUGCGCAUGUACAACCGGAUGGGAGGGCAAAGACUGUGAUGUCGACAUAAACGAGUGCACGAGGGCCAACCCAUGUGAGAACAGCGCCGCCUGCUCCAACUCAGCCGGGGACUACAGCUGUGCUUGUAGCGCCUUCUGGCAGGGAAAGAACUGUGACACAGAUGUGAACGAAUGUACGAGCGCCGACCCUUGUGAUAACGGAGCUGCUUGUACUAAUGAAGUCGGAGAUUAUGAGUGUACUUGUACAACCGGCUGGGAGGGCAAGGACUGUGACGUCGAUAUAAACGAAUGCACGAGGGACGACCCAUGUGAGAACGGCGCCGCCUGCUCCAACUCAGCUGGGGACUACAGUUGUGCCUGUAGCGCCUUCUGGCAGGGAAAGAACUGUGACCAAGAUGUGGACGAAUGCUCUACUGAUGAUCCCUGCCAGCAUUCCGGUGUGUGUAACAAUACUGCUGGGGAUUACCAGUGCGCGUGCACAUCGGCUUGGCAAGGGAAAGACUGUCACAUUGAUGUCGAUGAGUGUGCGACUGCCGAUCCAUGCCAGAACGCUGCCACGUGUUCUAACACGGUUGGUGACUACGAGUGCGCAUGCGCAGCCGGAUGGCAGGGAAAGGACUGUGACACAGAUGUGAACGAAUGCACGACCGACAACCCUUGUGAAAACGGGGCUACAUGCACCAACAACAUUGGACACUACGAUUGCGCAUGCACGACCGGAUGGGAGGGCACGGACUGUGAUGUUGACAUAAACGAGUGCACGAGGGACGAUCCUUGUGAGAACGGCGCGGCCUGCUCCAACUCAGCUGGGGACUACAGCUGUGCCUGUAGCGCCUUCUGGCAGGGAAAGAACUGUGACACUGAUGUGGAUGAAUGUUCCACCGCCGACCCGUGCCAGAACUCCGGUGUUUGCGCCAACCUUAUUGGAGAUUAUCAAUGUACCUGUACAUCUGCUUGGGAAGGGAAGGACUGCGAUAUUGAUGUGAAUGAAUGCACAACCGCCAAUCCAUGCCAGAAUGGUGCCACGUGCACAAACACGAUCGGUGACUAUGAGUGCGCAUGCGCAGUUGGCUGGCAGGAUAAGGACUGUGAUGAAGACGUGAACGAAUGUACGACCGCGGAUCCUUGCCAGAAUGACGCGACCUGCGUCAACACUAUUGGCGCCUACGAGUGCACGUGCACGGCCGGAUGGGAGAGCACGGAUUGUGACGUAGAUAUUGACGAGUGUACGCGCGCGGACCCGUGCCAGAAUAAUGGCACGUGCACCAAUCUGAUUGGGGACUACAACUGCACGUGCAGCAUCUUAUGGCAGGGAAAGGAUUGUGAACAAAACACGAACGAAUGCGAAGACAAUCCGUGCCAGAUGGGCGAGUGCGAGGACCUGGCCGACGGCUUCCGGUGCAACUGUAUCUCCACUUAUACGGGCAGACUCUGCGACUACGUAAUCGGCGAGGCAAUGGAUGGACAAUGGAGUACGUGGCAGAAGUGGCAGGGAUGUUCAGCCACGUGCGGAACUGGCGUGCAGAAACGUUACCGCUCGUGCGACGACCCACCUCCGAACUACGGCGGCAACCCGUGCGAGGGCGACAGUUUCGAGUAUCGGUCAUGCUCUUCAGGAUCGGCGUGCCCGGUGGUGGUUGACGGCAACUGGGGCGCAUGGAGCCAGGUCGGCUCCUGCAGCGCCACUUGUGGACAGGGAUCCACCAUUCGAACCAGAACCUGCUCAGACCCAGCCCCCAGUAACGGCGGCUCACUGUGUACCGGAGAGGCGGCCGUUGUUGAGACGUGCGAGCUCCAGGCAUGUGAUUCUGCCAACAACGCUUACGCCUCCGCCUAUGUGAACGCCUGUCCCGCGGGGUUCUUCACGUGCUACUCGGGCCGCAUCACGUGCAUCCAAGACGAUUUCGCCUGCGACUGCGAUGAAGACUGCUACGACGGAAGUGACGAAAAUAUGGACUGGGCCGGCUGCUCAGGGAUGUGUCCGAACAGCAAGGCGUCAGGAGUUCAGUCCAUUUCGAUUCUGCUGAUGCUGCUGGUGACGGCUGCGUUGAUGCUGCUUUAA